AAGAAAUUAUCAUUAGAGUGUUUCGAGAGCUUAUGAAUAUCAAAGUCGAUAAGGUGACAAAGAAAGUCUCUUGGAUUAAGGAGGGAUAACCACAAUAUAUUACCCACAACUGGUGGCAGUGAAGUUAUUUUUCUGUGGAUUUUUAAGAGUGAAGUUUUAAAGCAAAAGUGUUAAGCUUAAGGAAUUGGCAGUUAAAAAUCACUUUUACCAUGGAAUUCCAGGAACAUCUUAUUUGGAACGAUUCCGCAGGCGACACUUUUAACGCCACAGAAACCCACAGCUUUCCGACGGAGAGUUUAUCGUUCAAAAUUUUCAAACUGUUUUGUUAUUCUCUCGUCUUUCUCUUGGGAGUCGUUGGAAAUGCUCUUGUGUUCCGAAUGGUGGUUAAAAGAAGGAAGCUUCGAACUGUAAGCAACAUGUUCAUCUGUAAUCUGGCCGCGGCCGACAUUGCCGUCUUGACCGUGAAUCUGCCAUUUCGCCUGGCGUACCAAGAAAACUCAUACGUUUGGCCUUUUGGUGCAGUGUUAUGCAAGACAGUUCCAAUGCUGACUUACCUCUUCAUUACUGCGUCGUCCGCCACUCUUGUGCUAAUGACUAUUGACCAACACAGAGCCAUAGUAAAUCCCCUGGGGCCAAGGUUCACCAUCAAAAUCACUAAAAUCGCGCUGUUGUUGAUCUGGAUUUUCUCCACCCUCAUAACUCUGCCGUUCAACUUCGCUUUGACUGUGGUUGAGCGUGAAAGUGGCCACCCCGUUUGCACAGAUAUUUGGCCGAGCGCUCAAUUUGAACGAUUUUACUUCUUAUGCUUGUUUGUAAUACAGUUUGUGAUUCCAAUGGCCAUUAUCGCAUCAUGUUAUACUCGCAUAUGCGGUCAUCUUAACUCAAGCACAACACUGGGCCGGCUCAAUCCAACCAAGCAACGAUCAGACAGAAACAAAAAGGUAAAAUAAGUUUAAUUGGACACUUUAUUAGACCUCGGUACCGGUCGAACCCCUAUUAAGCGGCGACCUCUAUUAAGCGGUCAGUAAUUAAGCGGCCAACCCCUUUUUAGCGGCCACUAUCCCUUUCACCGAGGGUGGCCGUUUAUCAGAGAGGAAAGUCUUAACUUGAUUCUAGU